ACAGAGAGUUUGGGAAUUUUUUUGAGGAAGCUACAGAGAGAGAUGGCAGUUUAAGCCAGCUGGGUCAGAUAGAUGGAUUUGGAUUGUGAUGAAAAAAUAAAAAGCCCAUUUGCAAGAUUUCACUUUUAUUUAUAUUUUUGUUCAGAUCAGAGGCAGAGGCAGAGAAAGUGAGGAGAGAAGAAGAAAAAAACGGGAGGAAAUUUAUUAUAUAAUUUAUCUUGCAAUUAAUUUUAUUCAGUAUAAAUAAAUACGGAGUUUGUUCGUUGUAUGAAAUUCCGUGUCUCUGUGUGUGUGUGUUUCGCUGUGAAAUUUGCAUGCUCUUCAUCUCAUCUCUGAACCCUUCAUUUUGAAUCUCCAUUUGGUGGAUCGUCGUCACAGAUACUCUAAACUCUCAUAACCCACAAUUUCCAAGACGCAGAUUUCCGCGACUACAAACCUCGCCGUACCCGCCACUUCGCGCUUUCUUCUUUCUCAUCGGAAUUUGCCUAACGCAAGCUGAAUCUGGAAAAGGUUUGUCAAAAGUUCUAUGACUCAGAACACUGAUAUGAGACUUGAAUCUGGAACUUGCAAUGUGUGCUCGGCUCCUUGUUCAUCUUGCAUGCAUCUUAAUCAUGCUCUCAUGGGGCCAAAGGCUGAAGAGUUUUCUGAUGAAAACUGUCGCAUAGGAGCGGCUAUUGAUCAGUAUUCUAUGGAUGAGGACAAUGCAUAUUCUCUUAGGAGCAGAGCUUGUGAAAGCUCACAACAAACUGUCAGCGAAGCAAGUAAUAUGCAAAGUGUUAAUUCAAGUCAAGAUGCUCUGUCUGAAAAUGCCAAGAGUAGACAGAUCAUACCGAAUAAGUAUCAAGAUUCCAAGCAUUUAGAAGGUCAUGAUGACAACACUUCUUGUAUAAGUAGAGCCAGUGAUACUAAUUUAGUGAAUGAUAGCCAUCAAAGGAAUGAAGAACGAGUAAUAAUGCAUGAGGAGAAGGAUUCAUGUUCUCUUGUGUCAGAAAAAAUUUCUGAAUGCACCAUUGAGAAUUUUAGUUCAUCAUGUACCAAGGAGAGGGAACCUGUUGUUUCUGGCGAAAAAUGUAUUACGGUUAAGGAUGGUCUUAUUGAGAGUACUUCCAACAUUUCACUAAAAGUAUGCGCAAAGUUAGAAGCAAACACUGACGUCUGUGAAGCGAACAAUGAAGAUCCUAAAUGUUCAGUCCAAGAUGGACAGUGUGAGAAAGCUGCAGAACUGGUUAAAUCGCCUGCCAAGCAGGAAACUCAAUCUGAAGAUGAGAGUGAUGAAUCAGAUGUUGUGGAACAUGAUGUAAAGGUGUGCGACAUCUGUGGAGAUGCUGGUCGGGAGGAUCUGCUUGCUAUAUGUAGUAGGUGCAGUGAUGGUGCAGAGCACACCUACUGUAUGCGAGAAAUGCUUGAGAAAGUCCCUGAAGGGGAUUGGUUGUGUGAAGAAUGUAAAGAAGCAGAGGAGAAUGAAAAUAAAAAACCGGAUGUUGAGGACAAAAAAAUUCUUGAAGUUAGUUCAACCUCACAAGUUACUGGCAAAAGACUUUCUGAUAACAUUGAGGUAGCUCCAGCAGCAAAAAGACAAGCUCUUGAAUCAAGCACAGGAUCACCAAAGACAUCAAGCCCCAAGAGAUUAGUUCCAUUGUCCCGAGAAUCUUCAUUUAAGAGCUUAAAUAAAUCUAAAGUGAAGCCCAGUCUUCUGAUACCUAGUCGAAACAACUCUGGAGGUAGUGACACAGAGAUUGCUCGCUCUCCUUCCAUUGGUCCCCGGGGUCAAACUUCAAAGGGUAUGUUAAUGAAAUCCAAUUCAUUCAGCAAUGUAAAUUCCAAGCCAAGAGUAAAACUUGUUGAUGAAGUUGUUCCCUCCAAGCCGAAAGGGGUUAAUGAACAUGCUUCAAAGAACAUGGAGAUGCCUGCUCGGAUGACUGGAAAAUCAACAUUAUUCAAAUCUCCAAGUUUGGGGAGAACAAAUGCAACUGAAUCAAAAGUUAAAAUGCUUUCACCCAAGUCUGCAGCUGUGCAGGAUUUGAAAGGAUCUAGGCAUUUAAAAGAAUCAGGUGCAAUUGACAGGAAAUUUCCAUCUAGGAUUGAUCGGCCGGUGGUUAGUUCUGUUGUAUCCACUCCUAAGGGUGAUCAAAGGCUCACACCUCGUGCUGAAUCAAGUAAACCUUCAACAAUGAACAACAAUCGAGAGUUAAAGGUUAAUCAGGAUGGAAAAGCAAGUGCAUUAUCAAGGUCAGUGAGUAAUAUAAACCGGAAAAGUUUGGAGCCUCAAGUUAUUUCAGAGAGAACAUCAAUCCGUGUUGAUGAAGCUCAACAGGAUGUGCUGCCUCGAGCACGAGAGACAACUAAUCAGAUUGAGAAAAGCAGAGAUAGUUCUAGUGAUCGCAUAAGGCCAACGGUUCAUACUUCAAAAAGCCUAUUCUGUCAAAGAUGUAAGGAAUUUGGCCAUGCUAUGGAAGGUUGCAGUGUUGGUACUACACAAGAAUCUGGUGCUGAAAUAUCUGCAACUACGUCAAGUAGUUCAAAAGAUGAGAUGCUUAAAGGCAAUAUAUUGAAAGCUGCUAUUCAGGCUGCUUUAUUGAGAAGGCCUGAAAUUUACAAAAAGAAAGAAGUAUCUAACCAAACUGAUGAGGUUUCUACCUCAGGCACAGAUUUGAAUUGUGAAGUGACUUCAAAUGACCCAGUGUUGAUUUCCAGCACACUGAAGAAUGGUAUAUCUACUGAAGAAACCCCUGACCAACAGGAAAUCCUUGAGAAUUCUACCUCAGAUUCUUCCAAAUGUUCUUCUGCCAAUGAUUUUAAGCUACUCAAGUCUUGUCAACCAGGAAAGUCUGGUUCCAUUUGUCUUGCAGCCGGAAAACCUGUAGUGAAAGACAUGUCUGAUAAAGCCGUGACAUUGUCGAUUGUUCCUUCAAAGAUGUUGGCCUUUCCUGAAUACGAAUACAUAUGGCAGGGUGCCUUUGAAGUGCAUAGAAAUGGAAAGCCUCCUGAUUUAUAUACUGGACUUCAGGCGCAUUUAUCUUCUUGUGCUUCUCCUAAGGUUCUUGGAGCAGUGAACAAAUUUCUACCUAAAGUUUCUUUCAAUGAAGCUUCUCGCUUGAGCAUGUGGCCUUCACAAUUUGAUCAUGGUGGUGUUAGUGAAGACAAUAUAGCUCUAUACUUCUUUGCCAGUGAUGUUGAAAGUUAUGAGAGACACUACAAAGGUCUUUUGGAUCGCAUGAUUAGAAAUGAUUUAGCACUUAAGGGAAACUUUGAGGAUGUUGAACUGCUGAUAUUCCCUUCCAAUCAGCUUCCUGAAAAUUCACAGCGCUGGAAUAUGUUGUUUUUCUUAUGGGGCAUAUUUAGGGGAAGGAAGAUGAAUCAUUCAGAUUCUACAAAAAAGAUUUGUAUUCCCAGUUUGAAUGUAAUGCCAGUUGAAGAGAAAUCUUCAACUGUUGUUUUGACGGUGUCUGAGACACAUUGUUUGGCAAAGUGCAAGGAUGAAGAAACAAUUGAUCGGCAUAGUUCAUGCAAUGCACUUAUUCCCUCCACAUCCACAGACCAACAUCCGACUACGGGAUGUAGGAAUAUUGAUGUCAAUGACCAGACACAUAUGGAUUUACAAGUAAAUACAGAGAAACUAGAUGGUAGGAUUGAAUCAAAAUGGGUUCCAACUAGCACGACUCUGUUGUGUCAAGAGAAGAUCUCCACUGAUUCGUCCCUGAAAGCUAGUGUGCCUGAACAGGGACCAUGCAAAGAGUCAAAACCUCCGGAAGCCAUGGGAAAAAGUGCAAGCAGCAAUGUGAUGGAAACAAAAAUUGAUUCUGAUAUUUCUGUCAAAGAGGAGAAAACGUUGUCUGUGAUUCCUUCUGAAAAAGGUGCUAGAAACAAUAUUACUAAGGAUAAAAUUUCAGAGAAAAUAAACAGUGAGGAAGACCAGCAAAGGCCCAAGGAGAAACAAAAAGAGUAUCGUCACUACAGUAUUGAUUUGGAGGCAACUAUUGAUAAUGAAGAAACAGGUGAUGCAAGCGAUUUGAGUAAGGAGAAAAACUCAAUAACAAUUAUUGGUAGUGAAGAUCAGGAAGGGCCUAUGUGGAAACAGAAAGAUGAUCGUUAUAUUGACUUAGAGGUAGCACUUGAAGAAGAAGAAACAGUUCUCGUAAGCAAUAUAGGAGGGGAUAAAAUCUUAGAAAAAAUGGAUGUUGAGGAAGAUUGGCGGUGGCCUAAGAGGAAACGGAAAGAUGGUCACUAUAUCGACUUGGAGGCAACUUUUCAGGGAGACCCAAGUGCAGAAGGGAUAAACUGUCAGCUACCUAAUGAUAAAGUUAAACAUAUAGAUCUUUCUGAUACAAUUAUGCAGGGUUCUGCUGUGAGUUGCCAGAAAAUGCCUUGGAGUCAGGGAAAUGUCAAGUUAGAAGACACAGAAAGUUCCGGCAAGAAGCUUAAGACUGGUUUCGGUGGGAUCUAUGGUUCUGGAGGUAGAGACUCUUUUAAUGACAGUUUUGCAUCUCUUGGAAAUGAUCUUGGUUCCUGUUCUUCAGUUGAGGACAAAGGAUGUGAGGAAGCUUGUGAUGAGAAAAUUAUCCGGGAGGACUUGGGAACGAUGGAAAGAACCUUCUUUCCAGUGGGCACACACAAUAUUAGCAACUCACUGUCUGUGCUGAAUAGCUUGUCAACCAAAGGGGUUGGUGAAUACGAUAAAGGAUUUCAGGAUGUGAUUCCUAAUCUAGAGCUUGCCUUAGGGGGCAAAACGAAAGCACCGCCGCCGGCACCAGCUGCGCCCAAGGGUAUGCUGCCUUUCUUAAUCGGGCCAGUAGACAGGCAAAAUAACCGCCCAGAUCGCUUAGGAGAUGUGCAGGAGGAUGAUGGUGUUGCUGCAUCUCUUUCCCUCUCUCUGUCCUUUCCAUCUCCAAACAAGGAACACAAAAAACCUGCAGAGCUUUUACCCGACGGCCAGCGUAUGGACAACUCGUUUUUCCUUUUUGGGAGAAAAUAAUCUGCUGCUGGCUCAUAUAUAUAAUAUAUAUAUUUUGGAAUCAUGUAAAUUAUCUUAUCUUGUUCCGGAUGGCCCAGCCUGUAUGAUAGAUAGAUAUAUAUAAUCUUCCAGCCCCUCCCCUCCCUACACAAGAAGGAGCCAUUGUCCACAACAAGAGUCAAUAAUUUUUCUUUUCUCUUUUUAAUCUCCUAUGUCACAUACAUGUUUUUAUGUUAGCCUUUUUUGUUUUCAGAAUGCAUAGUUAACGGCUGUUUGUAUAUAUAGAGAGAAUUGAAGCCGGCAUAAUUUCAGAUGUGUUACUAGGAACUUGCGGAUGACUAUUUUUAUGGCAGGGUUUCCUCUGUUCCUGGCUCCAUGCUGUCUUUUUUUCAUCCUGAUAUAUAUAUUUAUACACUCGGUAA